AUGGGCGCCGCGGCCAUCAAGGAGACUAAUCAGGACGUCUGGCACGGUUACCGCCAGGGUCUUGCCGCGUCCGUUCAACUCUCACAAAGCGCGUGCUCUUCCCUCUGCCUUCCUUUCUCCCCGACUGCCAACUCUCCACCUCUUCCUCCGUCCCCUCUCCUUUCUCCCUCCUGCGCUCUUCUUCCUGAACCUCCCAUCUCUUCUGUCCUUGCCUCCCUCGCUGGCCGACCUCUCCUAGAUUGCUCUAUCCCCACUAUUAAUGAUCUGCACCACAUGGUCUCCCCAGUCGCUGUCUCUGGCUCUCAAUCCCAGCCUGCCGUUCAGCACCAGUAUGGCACACGUAUCCGCUCCAAUUCUGUUCUCAAGCCUUCUGCGCGUCUGCGGCAAUCCGCGGACACCCCGGUCGUCCACCGACGGAUCAAACCCGUCCCGACGCUAAAGGCGAAGGCAGGUCCUGUGACCGAAGACGCGCCGCGCGACGACCUGCCCCCCUUCCCGCCGCCACACGUCAUGCUACACUCCGAAGACGCAAACAACAAAGUGCUGCUUGCCAUAGGCCGGUCCUUCAUAUCCGUGGAUAAUUGUGCUAUGACCGUGAAGGAUCUUGCAGAAUUGACAAUGAAGUACGGUUUGAUGUGCCAGAAUGUGUCCGCAGCCGGCCAAGCCAUCACAACUUACAUUCGGAGUCACCUCCAGCGCUGCGAGGUUGAACAGGACCAACCGCUCCUUCUGCGGCACGUCAUGUCCGGUACACAGUUUGACGACGAUCUAGGCCCCGCUCUCUAUUCUCGCGUGGGCGGUGCGCACUGUGCUAUCAGCGCCUCCGACAAGCGCAUCACCAAUUUCAGGCGUGGCACUAUGGUCUGGUAUCUGAGCAAAGCUGCCGGCGCACCUUGCCCAUUUGCCAGGGUUGGCAUCCGACUCUGCGACUACACCGAAAGCGGCAAGGUCGGAAGCGUUUUGAACACCAGCCGAGAAAAGAAGCGUGAGAGGGAUCGUCUCCGCCGCGCGGUGCAAUGUGGCCAGAAACGGAAGCGCCUAGUGCGGGCGUGCGCUGACAAAGGAUCUGAUUCUGAUUCUUCGAGCGAAGAAGAGAAGCGGCCGCCAAAAGUAAAACUUACAUUGCGACUGCGGCCAGCCAUGGCGGUUUCGUCGUCGGUAGUAUAUGCGCCUUCAAGUCCCAUCCAGUCCACCCAAACACCCGAGAUUACCGACCUUUUUAAGCACAAGGAGGAAUUUGACGGUAGCUCAGACGCUGCGUCCGACGCAGACUCUGACACAGACUCCGAGAGUGCUUCGGAGUCUGAAGUGUCCUCGUCAUUGGAAGAGGAAGAAGAGCAAGGAGAACUCUCCUUGGACGUUUCAACGUCAGGCUCCCCACUUCGACAAUCAGUCCAACAAUCAUCCCCACAACCCCAUUUACAGCACUCGAGCUUUCGACGGUCUCCCUCCGUCCCGUACAGUGUAACGUCUAUAUCAUCCCCACCGGACUCGGAGCUCGAAGACGACGACUUUCACAUCAGCAUGGCGCGGAGACGAGGGCGUUUUGGACUGGGGCUGAACUCAUCAGAUGAGGAAGAAGAUGAAGAUGAUAUGAGCCUGGAUGAUAGCUUCUUCGACUUCGAUGCGGACACUGAUACGCAAUGGGAAAGCCCAGGCCCGCGCUCACCCUCUGCCCAGUUUGAAGAUGAAGAUGUCGUCGUCAAGCAAGAGUCGAACGACGUCGGCGGCAUCCUUGAGGCCUGGGAUCACCUUGACACUACGGCUGCGGAUAGGAAGGCUGUCGCAAUUACCAGUGGUAAACUCUCAGCAGAAGUCAUGCGGCCGAAGAUGGAGUCUCUGGACUCGUGGCUUUACGAAUGCUUCGGGAGCAUGAGCACAGACGACCUCGUUUACGGCAAUGGUGAAAGUGAUCUCUCGCGUAUCAAGCAGGAAGAUAUUGAAGCGGCGGUACCUUUUUUCGACGGUCUGCUGCCUGACUGCACUUCACCGGCACAUCAUGCUUCUCCCAGGUCUUCUUCCCCUGUUCCCACGACGCCAUUCUCUGAGGACUUCCUCGCACAGCGACAUAAUAGCGAUAUGCAAUGGCGUGACGCAGAGCUACUGGGACCAGACAGUGUGGAGCCGCACGACUUGGACGCCGGCGAGUGGUCAGAGGGGUGGCGGACGAACGAGCAUGCGGCGGAGGCGGCGACUGCAGGAGCGCGCGCUGUGGUAAACGCGAAUCGUGAAUCGAAUGGCACAUCACCUCAGUCGACACGUGUUGGCCCGCUCCUCCCGCCGCUUAACUUAGCGCCAAGCGACUCGCAAAUCAAGCAUGGUGCCCCCGUGUUCGAUGUGACCUCGCCAACUCUGCUUUCCUCAUUGACGUCUCUGUCGAUCCACACUCCCACGUCACCGGAAGCACUAAGGAAAGACCCGUUCGGACCCCCUGACGCGAAGGCUCCUUUGCAGGAAAGAAGGCUGCCUGACUUGUUGAGCGAUGACAUGAGUGUCGUGCACACAUGUCAGCCCUGCGAACCUGCGAUCAGUGCGAGGCAGCUGGAAGGCGUUAUCGUAUAUCAGAUGACGCUGGGGUCGUCGUUAAUAUUGCGAAGAGCCGAUACGGACUUCGUGAAGGUCGACUGUAUUGCCAGGCAGCUCGGGAUCACAUUGCCAUAUUCGGAGAGCGCUAUUAUUAUUUCGAAAGGCUCGUCCGACGUGUGUGGUACAUGGGCACCAUUGUCCGUAACGCAGGAGAUGUGCAGAGACCACUCUGAUCUGCAUGUCUUCCUAUCCGACCGGCUUUCUGAGUGGUUCCCGCCUUUGCAACAUAAUCAUCUUCGUACUACUACUUUGUUGGACCGUUGGCGGGGCUCCUUUGGCCAUGACUUCGAGUCGACCAGCCAGGCCACACGACGCUCACAAUCUGUCCAGCCGCUAGGCUUUUCUCAUCAAGAAUCAGUUGCGCCUUGGAACAGCGACGCUCCGUGGGAUUUCUUUGCUGCGAUCUCCUUGAUGCUGCCGCCCGUACCUGCCACGUCAUCGGAUGAGGUGAUUGCUGUGGCGGACACGCCGCUUAGUCCUACAGAAGAGGAGAUGUUCCGGGUGUUGUGCUCGGACUCUGAGUGGCAGACACCGCCGCCGGAGGCUCCGAUAUUGGAUGUGCAAGAGGACGAUGCGAAGGAGAUCGUUGAGAAUGCCGACGGUGCCGUGGAAAAUCCUCCUGAAAACCCCAAGGAGAAGGACACUGCACGCCUGCAACGACCGCUGCGGCGGUCCAAACGUGUUGCAGACGCGAUCGCAAAUCGUACGCGCAGGCGAUCUAGCAAGAGGGGCUCCCGAAGCUCGCUCUCGUAG